AAGCAGGAAAAUGAAUCCAGAAUUACCAUUGAAACACUCAAAAACUCUCUAUCUCCCUGUUGGAAUAAGCAGAACAUUGCCUCCCAAAACACAGGGCUUAUUACGAAGAUCAGCACUAGACCACAGCCAAAGGGUACAAGAAUAUUUUCACCCAUUCAGAAUCUAUCCAAAUGAACUACAAUUGACAAGAAAAUACCCAAAGAAGUUGAAUUUCGAAGAAAUAAAGAAAGACAGAGAGGUCAUAGUAUUAGAUAGUCCAGAGAGGAAGAUACCCUCUGAAAGAAAUUUCAUGAAUUUUCAGAACAAACAGAAUGUGUUUAAGCCAAGCGACCUUGAAGUUCUUGAUAAAAGGAACAUUCUCAUUGAGGAAAGGCAUGGAGUUAAAUAUGUCAAGAACUCUCAAGGCCGGGAAUUCGUGUAUUAUGAAAAUUUAGAACAAGUUAGGAACAUCCUGAAAUACCAAUUCCCAGGCAUGACCAAAGAUAGCAUGUACAAGGAGCUCCUAAGGCCAUAUCGUCAUAAAGUGGUGAGUGUAGGAGAUAUUGUCUCUGGCUCUUUCAAACAAGUAUAUCAAUGAGGCUACUCAAACUGAACUAAGCAGUUCAGCAAAACUUGGAACCUUGUAGAUCACCUCAGAAUGCAUGAAGGGAUUAAACCAUAUAAGUGUCAUAUCUGUUACAAGUUAUUCACACAAAAAGGCAAUCUUCAGAAGCAUCUAAAGCAGCAUGUUAUAACCGAUGUUGAGCAAAGAAAGAAAUUUAGAUGAGACUACUGCGGAAAGGGGUACACAGAGAGAUACAAUUGUGUGGCUCAUAUGAGAAAGCAUUGAAGAAACAGCUAAGUUAAAUGUCAUAAACAGACGUGAUAUUUGAGUUAGGAAUCAAAUCUAUCUACCCCUGAUGUUUGAAAUUCUUUAUGGUAUUGACUUU